CUCCAGCCUUUUCUGCAUUUUGGCUGAAUAAGCAUCCAUGGAUGUCAGCCCUAUGCGGGGUUUUUCUGCUUCAUCGACAGCUCAUCCUUGCACCAAAUGUCGAGCUUCGGCGAUUAUGACAUCCAGAUUCUGAGGGACGAAAAAAACGCAUCUACGCCUGAAUGCCGUGAAGAUGGCGCCAAUCCACCCGGAGUCGGGGGCUGGGCAGUUCUAUGACAUGUCGCCCCCAAAGCGAUUAGGGCGAGGGAGACAUGCAAUCGUCUUCGAAUGUCAUGAUCCAAGCGGUUGCAUUUAUGCUAUGAAGCUAUUCAAGCGGGACAGCAGAGCUAGGAGGAUCCGUCGCGAACUCGAGAUAUUGCAGUAUCUCGGAAAUGGUCCCAAUAUCAUCAAGUUUGUUGACGCCGUCCAAGGGGUCCGACAUCGGCAUCGUUCUUGAAUACGUCGACAACACAGACUUUCGAUCGCUGUAUCCUCGGCUCAAUGACCUAGACAUUCGAUAUUACACUUGUGAGCUUGUGAGAGCUUUGGACUUCGCCCAUAGCCAAGGUGUUAUGCAUCGGGAUGUUAGACCGCACAACGUGGUGAUUGACCACGAAAACAGAAAGCUCCGACUAAUAGGCUGGAGCUCAGCAAACUUCUACCGACCCGAUGAAGACUUGAACGUCUGCGUGGGCCUCUGGAAGCCACCAGAGCUUCUUCUCAGCUACGAGCGAUACGACUUCAGCGUAGACAUGUGGUGCUUCGGGGCCAUGCUCGCAUCCAUGAUCUUCAGAAAGGAACCAUUCUUCCACGGGUCUUCGCUCCUUGAUCAACUAAGGCACAUUGCCGAAGUCCUUGGUACAGACAAACUGUACCGCUUUAUGAAUGAAUAUGACCUUGAGUUGAAUGAUGAGGAACUUGAAACUCUGGGCCAACAUCAUGAGCAAGCUUGGACCGAUUUCAUUAACGCGGAUAAUGAGAGGCUUGUAUCUGAUGAAGCUCUGAGUCUUAUUGACCAGCUUCUACGAUUUGACCCGAAGGAACGACUCACGACUGCUGAGGCUCUUAGACACCCAUAUUAUGAGAUGUUGCUUUCUGAAUCAUGACCAGAUCAAAUGAGUAGGUGGACCUAGAGCAGGCCAGUAGAAGAGGAACCAUAGAAGGUGUCCCCGUUAUAUAACAGGCCGCAUGGGCUGGCUCAAGUUGCUGGACUAACAGCACCGGCCCAACUUCUGGAACCCCACGAGUUAUCCACCGUGGAUAGUAUUUGUACUUAUUCCCGAGUGCUUGGAUUAUUCCAUUUAGGGGGACCGACCGACCCCAUCUCGCUUAAUAACCCCGU